AGAACUGGCAAAUUGUUCACUAUGAAAACGUAGCAGACGUUUCGAUCAUCGAGCACACCGCGCGAUUAAAAGAAAAGGGAAAACGAAGGAAAAGCGAAAGGAAGUUUCGGGCGGUGAUUUAACAUUUGACCGGUCAGAGAUGAUCCAAUGUGAUGCAACUCGGCGUGUGCGCGGUGUCCAACUACUCGGGAUGAGGAGCCUGUACUCAUCGUGUCUUGCUCGCUGCGGACAGCACCGGGACCGGAGUCCUCGCCGAAGAGGCCUGAUAAAUUGGCGCGCGGCGCGGCCCGGCGUGACGCAGCUCCGUCGCGCCGCGACGCCGCGAAAUCGCGUUCCCACUACGGACGCGCAGAAGAGGCGUGGUUUAUGUCCGCAGCGGUGUGUAUAAGAGACAAACCUCCCGAACCGAUUAGCAAAGUUCCCCAAAACACACGUAACACCAGACUUUUCCAUGCCGACCGAGCCGUAGGAGCAAAAGCGAUCGGACGAUCGAGGGAAUCGAUACGAGGCGCGGAACGGUAGACAAAGCGACGCACUUCCUGGAGAGAUAUCAGAUAUCGUGGCAUCGGGUGGAAAAGAACGAAAGAGAAAAUAAAACAAAGAGGGAAAGAGAGAGGACAGGUCGAGGGAUCCUCGAAUCCUCGAUCUUGAGCGAACGAAUCACCAGGGAUCCCCGUUAUCUAAACGCAACGCGGCAGACGCACACUCGUCGACAUAAGGCAGCGACGGACGACGUGUGAAAAGGAGAACCGCGAUCGUGAGAAAGGGAGAGAGAAAGGAGGAGGCAUUGGAUUCGUUGCGAAAAGGAAUUUGGUGGAACCCGGUAGCUUUUCGAGCCAAUUCUCGACGGGAGCAACAGGGGCUAGCCCGAUAACGCUAAACUGUAUCGCGGCGUGUCACGGAGCCGGCGUAGUGGUGCGGUGGAGGUGGUGAACCCACGGAGACGGGGCUAGCGAGACCCGGUAGCGAGAACGGGUGUCUCAUUUAGGCUGCUGCAAUCGGUCCCUGCGUGUCACGUCUACGAGGGUGCGUAACACCACGGCAACGUUCGCGCACCCAGCCAGCGGCGGCGAACACACGCACGUACGCACGUACAUACGCACGCACGCACGCAUCCACCUGUCCACCCGAUACCGAACGAGCACACCGGAGCGUGCGGACCGCGCGUAAACGUGACACGGUAUCGAACGCGAUCGAUCCGAGGCGCGCGGGGAGAAAGCGCGGUGUCAAUCGGCCGCAGCUGGUGCUGCUGUUGCCGACGAGCGACGUUCCGUCACACCGCGCCCGGGGGGGGGGUCGCCUGCUAGCUGUCACAAUAGAGCCACGUGUGAUCGGCUGCGAGACGUGCGCGCGCAAAACCAGUACCAAGUACGCACGCACGCACGCACGCACGUAACCACCCACGCACGCGUCCGCCGGCCGAUCGAGGCGCACUGCACGCGCCGGUCGCGCAUCGACGAGAGAGGAGCCCCGCGAGACCUAGCUGACGGCCACACCGCGUCCUCUCAUCGGCGUCGCCCGCGAGGGGCACCGUAGAGGCCAGCCGAGGAUAAUUCUGCUCGGCGAGAUAAGCGGCCGAGAUAAUCCACGACUACGAUCAACCGAGGCCCACGCCUAUACCAAGCCACCCAACUACGACGACGACACCCAGCAGCUGGUCGUGCAAAACAGACUUGCCCGCGUGAGAGCGUGUAAAGAGCCGCACAGCCGCGCUCGCCAAUCUCUCCCCUUGCCCCCUUCUCGACGACAGUACCUACGCGAGACGACAGGAUGCCCGGCUUCCAAAGGAGGCAGAUGAUGCAGCCAUGGCCCCUAUGCCUGCCGCCCUUCGCGAGAACGAAGAUCACCUUCUGGAUGUCUCAGUGCUUAUCUACCUCAGGAUCAGGAUAUCUAACGAAAGAUAUCGAUACCUGACUAAUCGGAAGAAACAUAUUCAUAGUGCGCUUGUGUCGGGAAAGAAGUAUCGAUCAAGUAGAAGCGUAAGGGAAACGGAAACAAGUCAAGAAAUAUUUGCAAAAUAUUCCGUAUUCUUCAAGUUUUCCAUUUCUUACGUAACGUUUCUUUUUUCACAUUCGUAUCUAACGAUGACAAACAGAAAUGUAACUCGUCUUGUGACGAAAUUUCUUACGUUCUCUUUACAAAACGAUUGGACUACAGUAAUAUUCCUGAAUUGUUAUCGAGAAAUUUUAUUUGCUUAUUCAUAAAUUUCUUUAUGGGCGCAAAGCCGUGAGUUGAAAAAGUAAGAAAUAUUAACUUGCUAUUCUUAUCUUAUUUCUUCGAGAUCAAUUAAUUGAGUUUUAAGCUCACUGUAACGUUAACAAUGUAUUGAAAGUAUUGUUUUCCCGAUGGUACAACAUGCACUCAAGUAUCGAUACUCUUUCCGAGUCUCCUUCAUUUCUCUCAUCUCACACACAUUUGUAAUGUUGAUAGAAAGCAUCAAUAAAACCAUUUGACGAUGAAAA